AGCUUAGUGACGGCUGACGACGUUGUACGUGUUGUGUGCACAAAUGACAAUGGCGUUGUCGUUAUGAAUGCGUUAUUUAAGCUAAUUAUAAAGAAGAACGAUAGUGUUAUAAAGAAGAAUUAUGGUGGUGUUGUGAAUUUGUUAUUCAUAUUCACUUUCAAGAAGGAUGGUAACUUAAGUUGUGUAUUUCACGGGAUCACUGAACAGAAAGUUCGAUCCCCCGCCAUCUUGAGUGUGGGCGUGGCAAUGUCACAGUCAGUCACAUAAGGCCUGGAUGGACAGUUGUACAGCGUACAACUGUUUACAUAAAUUAAUCACAACUAGAUGGUAGCACGUUAUUUGUUCUACCAUUCAAGUGACUAACCAACUCGAAUUAAGAUGGCUGAAAGCAGUGUUGUUCCACUCCUUGAGAUACGUGACGAGUUCGUCACGUGUGAGAUUUGUUUGGAGUAUUUUGACAAUCAGGACAAAUCUCCACGCAUCUUACCGUGCUUCCACAGUUUCUGCUGCCGAUGUCUGGAGUCGAUUUGGGAGAAGUCACCAGCUGGUGUGAGAUGUCCUAACUGUCGGCAGGUUUGGCCUGUUCAGAAUACGAUAUCUGCAACAUUUCCACAAAGCAAGGUACUGAUGAAUUUAGUGGAAUAUCUUACAAUGAAGAACAAGGUGGAUGAAAUUAUGUGCCAUGAAUGUCCUAACAGUUCAAGGGCAACAAUGCGUUGCUUGGACUGUCAGGAAUUCAUGUGCGAAGGAUGCACAGCAUGUCAUAACAAAUUUACAAUCUCAAAAGACCACAACACUAUUUGUAUUAAAGAAUUGGUUAAUAUGCCUCAUGAUGAUUUUUUUCACCAGACAGAUACGUGCAAAAAACACAACAACAUGAAUUUAGAUCUAUACUGCAAGGAAUGUUCUACUGAUAUUUGUUCAUCAUGUGUUCAUGUCUCUCAUAGAGACCAUGAGAUAUUGGAUCUCAAAGAUGUAUAUGAAGCAAAGAUGGACCACAUGAAAACAACAUUGAAAAAUAUACAAAGUUCAUCAGAAAGACGACAGAGGUAUACGUCAAGACUUUCUAAACAAAACGCAUCUCUAGAUUCGAUGAAAGAAAAUGUUCUGAAACAUAUUGAUGAUUCCUAUGAAGAGAUUAUUCACAAGUUGUCUGACAAAAGAAAACAGAUGAAAGAAGAUGUCAUUUCAAACAUACAAAAACAAAAAGCUGACAGAAACGAGCAGAUGAAGUUUGUCGAACAGUCAGAAGUCCUCAAGGCGGACCAUGUUCUGCACUGUAAGCAAGCUGUGCAUUUCGCACGAGCUGCUGACUUUAUAGAAAUGGCUCCGACCCUUGAAGACAAACUUCACUCUGUGAUGGAAGGUCCGGAACUCGUUGAUAUUCCUAUACAAGAGGUUACCAUCGAUGACACGUUCAAGCAGAUUGAUAAAAUUAUCGAGAAAACUGAUGUAAUGUGGAAUGGAAUUAUUUUCAACAAAACCAACGAAGACGAGGAUGUGAUGAAAAGAAUCCUCUUCCCUGUUGAUGGACAGUCAGAACAGUACAGAACACUUCUCUUGCCAAAUAUAGAGUAUGACGCACAGAAGAUAAACCAGAUGGAGUGUAGUAUUAACGAAUCUGGAAUUCUGGUCAACAAACCUUCAGAAGAAAAACAUACUGACCUGACUUCCGGUCUGCAGUCUUUCCCUGGAGUCACAGCCAGAACGCAUGUCCCGACGUCUGGAUGUGCGUUCUGGCAGACGGAAGUCGACUGCAUGGUGCGUGAAUGGGCUGAAUUAAAUACAGUGAUAGCAGAAGCUGGUGUUUGCCUGGACGAGCACUGUGACGAUACAAUAGGGCUUUCUAAUAACAGACAUGUGUGGGGUGUUAUAGUGGCCAGCUGUAAAACUCACAACGGUAUCUGUUUAUGUGCUUAUUCCAGAGAAGAGGAGCUGUGCUGUAUUCCUGUGACAGAUUUCAAAACUAACUCACGACUCACGGUCACACUCGGGCUGUUGGUAGACAUCGACAACGCCACUCUCCACAUUAUCCGCGUUGACGACAAAACAGUUGUACACUCCAUCCCAAACAUUGACGUGUCGAGACCGCUGAUGCCGAUGUUUGGUGUUUACUUGCCUGAAUAUUUUGAUGUUAAAGUGACAGUAUCAUCUGGGAUGGAUAUCUCAGUGAACCGUGAACUGUUGGUCCUACUCUCGAGUUUAGUGAAAUAAAACAUAAUGGGAGAGUCGUGAGACCUGAGUCAAUACAAUUCAAACCUGCGGAACACGGUGUCGACUCCCACCCAGGGCGAGUUUAAACGAACCAGUGGGGAGGUGUGACUUCCCGCUCACUAACCAGUAACAACUAACCACUGACCCCCGACCGUACACACAUACCAGAUAAAUGAGGUGUAGGCCCAUGGCGGCGUGCUUGGCUAUAAGCAUGAAAACCAAGUUAAAAUGAAGUUGACUAGCGCUGUAGUGUCACUAUAACGAAUAUAUAAUCUUUAGUGAAUCUGAUAGAAGAAAAUGGAGAAUAACACACGAGUAUUGGAAACAAAUUAUCUUACGAAAUUUAUCUAAGAAGCAAGCGAUACUUUUAGAAGCCACAAGUUGUGAGAUAAAUUGUCUCCAACGGGCACAAGUGUAUUAUUUUAUUUCUUACAUUCCUUUAAAAAGUAUUUCUUAAUAUAGUUUAACGGAAAAACACUAAACAGAAAGCCUGAGUAGGGCGUGUGUGUAACAAUAAGAGAUUCUACCAACACUAACUGAACAGGGUGACUACAACCAGAACCCUCAUCCACAGUGUCAUCAGGUUAACUGUGUUACUGACAUUGAAUCCCACAUUACUGACAUUGAAUUCCACAUUAAUGACUUUGAAUUCCACAUUGUAUUCCACAUUAAUGACAUUGAAUUACGCAUUACAUGUUUCUACUUUAUACAGACAUUAUGUAGUUGAAGGUGACUGGCAUUUGGUUUAAAAUACCAAGUAACCCCUUAUUUCUUUGUCUCAGUAUAUGUAUAUUAUUUAUAUAUAAUAUGUUUGUUAUUUUUGUAUAGCCCUCUAGAGAUAAAUAUGUAGGAAAGCGACAGACAGGAAACAUUGUGAUUUUCAUAAAUGUUCAUAUGUUCACACGACUAAUAGCUACUGUUUGUUCCAAUUUAAUGAUACAAUGGGCCUUAUUCACUAACUUCUCGCAACUUUGCGAUCUCGCAGUGCAAUGCUAAAGACUUGCAAAGAGGAUGCUUUGUUGUCUAGCAGAGCCUAAGAGACCUUUGUGAAUUAAGCCUUAGAACUAAAACGGUG